UCUUGGUUGCAGUAAGUUGUUCUCACCUCUUUCCGUUAGGCGACUCUAUGACACCGGCCGAAGUUCGCGGUAGUUGUAACGUUUAGGUCUGAUCCACGCACGCCGUUCAACGUUAAUAAAACGGGCACAUGUUGUUGACUGUCGGUGUCAUUGUAUGGUGCUGGGGAUUGUUGGGUAGACCGAUGCUGCACCGCCAGGGCAAACAGAAAAGCCGCUGUCGCGUCUUGUUCAGUGACCUGAAGGUUUUCCUGCUCAGGCCACCGACACCGUCGGCACCGCCGCCCGCUUUCACACCCAUGAACGGACUAAACACGGAAGGAAAUGCGACGAGCAGCGCCGCCGGGACCAACGGAUCUCUAGCAAACGGACACCACCAACCAGCGGGUCGGAGCGCAGCGUCGCCGCCGCCAGGGGAGGCUAGCGAGGGGAGGGAGUCUGAAGACUGGGCGCCGAGGAGUCUGGACGGAUGCAGCUCGUCCGAGGACUGUUCGAAGGAGAAGUUCGACGAGAGGCUGUCGCUGAACAGCUGCACAGACAGCGGCGUGAGGACGCCUCUCUGCAGGAUAUGUUUUCAGGGACCGGAGCAGGGGGAGCUGCUGAGUCCGUGUCGCUGUAGUGGCUCAGUGCGCUGCACUCACGAGCCCUGUCUGAUAAAAUGGAUCAGUGAGCGAGGUUCCUGGAGCUGUGAGCUUUGCUACUACAAGUACCAGGUCAUUGCCAUCAGUACCAAGAACCCACUACAGUGGCAGACCAUCUCUCUAACGGUGAUCGAGAAGGUGCAGAUCGCGGCGGCCGUGCUGGGCUCGCUCUUCCUCAUCGCGAGCAUCUCCUGGCUGGUGUGGUCCUCGCUCAGCCCCUCGGCCAAGUGGCAGCGGCAGGACCUGCUCUUCCAGAUCUGCUACGCCAUGUACGGCUUCAUGGACCUGGUGUGCAUCGCCCUGAUCGUGCAUGAGGGUCCAUCUGUGUUCCGGAUCUUCAACCGCUGGCAGGCGGUGAACCAGCAGUGGAAGGUCCUGAACUACGACAAGGUCCGGGACACAGAUGACCCGCAGAAGGGCGGCAGCAGCACACUCCGGGCCCUGACCCUCCCCCUGAGCAACCGAGCCUCUGCGGCCCCACCCGCCAGGCCUGGUCCGUCCCCUUCCACAUCCUCACUCACGCCCCCCGCCACGGCCGUUCCGCCACCAGGACCUGGGACCAUGCCGGAGGACGCGAUGGAGGCGGGGAACGGGCUGGCCCCGCCUCUGACGGCCCCGCCCCCGAUGGACCACCACUGCGCAUACAACCUGCUGCAGCUACUCAGCCAGCACCUGCGCUCGCAGGAGCCCCGCCCCUCCGCGGCCGCCUCCCCGACCUCUGCUCUCACAGCUGCGGCCGCCAUCGGCCAGCCCGGUGACGGCAACCGCGAACUUGUCAUGAGGGUCACCACGGUCUGAGGCUCCGCACGGGGCCUGGCCGGAACCAGAGUUGGGCGAGUUUUUCACGGCCGAGCCAGUGGCAGGCACCGGCAGCGCGGACCUAGCGAGCCGGCAGAGGUCACGAAGGUUCGCCUGGCUUCCUUUGGCGUUUACCGGAGGUGAGGACAUAAAAGAAGAAAUAGAUUUUUCUCCUCCUGCGAGGGGGCGCGGAGAGUGAGGGAGAGACUGAGGGCGUUGGGCUUCGGAGCGUCGUACAGCGCGGCUGCAAGACUACACGCUUUAUAAUGAAAGGCAACAAAACAGGGUUCAAAAGGAGACGCUCAGACUGAGGGACGGGGGGGGGGGGGUACAAGGUCACAGGAAGUGGCGAGUCUUUUAAAGCACAAACCUAGUAAUGCAACACAGGUCCAGGAUACACACACACACACACAGUGUUACUCAUGGGGUUGACGAUGGUCUAACGUUUACACUGAACCCACCACGCCGCUCACCAGCGUGUCACAAGGGUCAGUAACACCGCAACGGCCGGCAGUCCUCAACAGCGGACUCUUAACAACCAGGUAUGACCGUGCAUCGCCAUGGAGACAGCCUGUAGCCAUCCCAGCACAGUGAAACUACAGAACGAGGGACGCGGAGUGCGGCCAUCUUGACGGACUGACUUAUUUUGUUUACGUUUGUUAAAAUAUGUCUGGGGGGGGUUAAAAAAGGCAUUGCUAUAUUAAAAAAACGAGUGUGAUAUA